CGUUGUAAGGGCCUCAAAGCGCAUGCUCAGCUGAGAUAGUUUAAAAAAAUAAGAAGGGAAAAAAAAAGAGAGCAGAAAUCAGUAACAGCGCUACGUAUUCCAAGGCCAUUCCAAAUAAACAAAUCGGAAAACGUUCAGCUUUAAAGCGAAUAUGCCGCGAAAACUACUAAAAUUUCUCAUUAUCUUCGAUAAUACUUCACUACUGUACUUCCCGGGCCAAUUUCUUUCCGGGCGUGUACUUAUAGAGCUGCAAGACGAAACACCAGCUCUGGGUCUACAUUUUCAUGUAGUUGGAGAGGGUGUUGUGCGGGCUGGAGGUCGACAAGAACGCACAUACGACAAAGAAAAUUACAUUGAUUUCCGUAUGCGUCUGCUCGGCGAUGUAGAUCAAGGCCCAGCGAUACUAUCACCAGGCAUUCAUAGUUUUCCCUUUAAAUUGGGUCUCCCAGUCGGAUUGCCGUCCACAUUCCUUGGCAGUUUCGGUUGGAUACAAUAUUUCUGCACAGCAGCUCUUCGCGAACCCAAAGGACUGACUCAUAAAAAUCACCAGGUUUUUAUUGUUAUGAGCCCCAUUGAUUUGAACCUGGAGAAGCCUAUCUUAUCGCAACCCUUUACCUGUGAGGUCGAACACAAACUGGGUGUUGUUGCCUGUGUCGGUGGCGGCCAAAUCAAAUGUCGUGUCGUUUUGGAUCGUGGCGGAUACGUACCCGGCGAGAAUAUACUCGUCACCGCAUUUAUAUCCAACGCUAGCAACGUGACCAUCAAACGAACCAAGGCGUCGCUUACUGAGACCAUUGAGUACUUAGCACGAGGCAAAACAGUUCAAUCAGAGAAGCGCGCAUUGGCUGUAUUGGUACGUGGUAAAAUACGUCCUGGUGGCAAGGACGAAUGGCACAAUGACAGCCUUUAUGUGCCACCGUUGCCGCCAACAAAUCUGCAAGGCUGUCAUUUGAUCAAAAUUACCUACGAUGUUUUUUUUGUCAUCGAACCAAAGUCUCUGGAAAAGGAAAUCAAAUUGCAACUGCCAAUUGUUUUGGCUACAUAUCCAUUUCGAAAUAAUACCAAUGAUGUUUCUAACACAUGGCCUGAAUCCGUACUGAAGCCGGACACACACUAUCCAUCGACGUUGCCCAUAUUUCGCCCAUGGCUGCAUGAAAAACCGAAUGCGUAACCUCCAUGAUUGUCACUCGACAUGAUACAAAAAAUUGUUGUAUUAAUAUUUACGCCAUACAUUAACUAAUACUUAUUUAACUAUUUAUAACUUGUAACGCUUCAAGUAUGAAAAACAAAAAUUAUGAAAACUAACUUUCCACUUGUUUCUUUUCGAUGUGAGCAUUUUAUGUUGCGCCUGUGGAAUUUAAGUGGCAUUACAGAGAUAUAUAUAGAUAUAAGUAAGCUUGAUUUACUUGUACCUACAUAUGUAUCAAAACAAAUGCAUAUGUGAGUUUAUUUACAUCUUAUUUUGAGCUGUACAUAGGCAAAACUACUGAGAUUGUUAUUAAUAAUUUUCUUCACAUUAAAUUGAACUUAAAUCUGCUCGAUAUUAAAAACGAAA